CGAAGCGCGACCGCCCCCAAGGAUAAUCCACCAGAGCGAGAACCUCGCCGGCGGCCGGGACCGGGAGGUUGGUUGGUUCACUAGCCGCGGCGGCCGCGGCGAUGACGGCCACCGGCGGCUGCUGCUCGACCCCACUCGCGUGGGCGCGGCCUCGCGUCUCUCCCGCCCCGCGCGUCGGCCGGUGUCGCGCGGUCGCGGCCGGGGCGUCUGACGUGGCGUUCCACCCGGACGUGUCCCGCGCGGCGGAGUCGCUGCAGGCGGAGUUCCGCGCCGUCGACCGAGCCCUCGCCCUCAACUCCUCCCGCGUCGCCGCCGCCUUCCGCCGCGCCCGCGUCGCCCCGCACCAUUUCGGCGGGUCGACGGGGUACGGCCACGACGAUGGCGGCGGCCGGGAGGCGCUGGACGCCGUAUUCGCUGAAAUCGUCGGCGCCGAGGCCGCCAUUGUGCGCCCCCAGUUCUUCUCCGGCACGCACGCCAUUGCCUGUGCGCUAUUUGUGCUUCUGAGGCCUGGGCAUGAGCUCCUGGCAGUCGCUAGGCCUCCGUACGACACCUUAGAGGAGGUGAUUGGGAUCAGGGGGUCGGCUAAUGUAGGGUCACUCAAAGACUUUGGAGUGGCAUACCGAGAAGUUCCGCUCGCAGCAGAUGGUGGCCUUGAUUGGGAAGCUCUAGCUUGCGCCAUCAGACCAGAAACUGGAUGUGCCUUCAUUCAGAGAUCAUGUGGGUACUCUUGGCGCAAGAGCUUAAGUGUAGCAGAUAUUCACAGAGCUAUAAGUUUGAUCAAGUUGCAAAACCCAAACUGCAUGGUGAUGGUUGACAAUUGCUAUGGUGAAUUUGUUGAGACAUCUGAACCUGCAAUGGUGGGAGCAGACUUGAUUUCGGGUAGUUUGAUAAAGAAUCCGGGUGGAACUAUUGCGCCAUGUGGUGGUUAUGUUGCUGGGAAGAGAAAUUUUGUUGAAGCAGCUGCCGCUCGCCUAUCUGCACCUGGCCUUGGAGUAGAAUUUGGAUCAACACCUGGCCAUGUUAUGCGUUCGCUUUUUCAAGGCUUGUUUCUGGCUCCACAAAUGGUUGGAGAAGCAAUAAAAGGAGGUUUGCUAAUUGCGGAAGUCAUGUCAGCCAAGGGCUACAGAGUUCAACCACUGCCAAGGGUUCCUCGCCAUGAUAUUGUGCAGGCAGUGGAGCUUGGCAACAGGGAGAGACUCAUAGCAUUCUGUGAAGUGGUGCAACAAACUUGCCCAGUAGGGUCAUUUGUUAAACCAACUGCUGGGGAAACUCCUGGCUAUGCUUCAGAGGUCAUUUUUGCCGACGGGACAUUCAUAGAUGGAAGCACAAGUGAACUGUCAUGUGAUGGGCCCUUGAGAGAUCCAUAUGCUGUCUUCUGCCAGGGAGGAACACAUUGGACACAAUGGGCGCUUGUCCUCACUGAAGUGCUGAAGGUCAUAUAACUGUGUGGUGUCACGUUCCUGGAAUGGGUAGGCCCUUGUCUCUAACUAUGCUUGGCUACUUGAAACUCAAUAUGAUGGAACUGAUUACCACCAGAUGUCAGGUGGAAUUCAUGGCUUAAUUGUUGGAACUUAGUACCAUGUUGGAUGAUCUAGAAGUUGAAGGGAAGCAGUGGCAGAUGGAAAAGAUACUUGGACGGUUGGGUGGCAAUUUUGCAAGUCUACGUUUCUUUAAUGGCAGAUUCCAGUUUGGAGUUCAAAAUAGUGGCAAAUAUGCAAUUUGCCCUUUUUUUUUCUAAACAUUGGCCAUGAAGCAACAUAACAAGAUACCCUUUUACUUUACUAGUUUCCUUUCUACAAAAAUGUAGGCCAAGAAAGUAUUUGUAAAUGCAAUCAGAGAUAGAUACAUGCACGCUGCUAUGCUUAGGAAUAGUAAUUACCUAGUGUUGUAACAAAAAAAAACUUGGAUAUAUUACUGUCCAUGUAGCACAGUUUUUCAGAGUGAUGCGCCCACA